AUGAAGUUAUCCCCGAAUAUCAUCGUUGUCGUUGCGGCACUUGAACACCCUACGUACGAGGACCUCUUGCUUUCUGCUACAACCGCGGAAACGGAGUCCAUUCUCAACUAUAUUUGGCGUUCAUCGCUUAAUCUCUUCAGCUGGAUGGAAUGGAUUUCGAAGAACAACCUGCCGCUAUCGUUCUGCGAAAACGAGGCCGCUUGA